AACAGGUUUGUAGUGCGGAGAUGUAUAAUAGUGGAGGUAUAACUCCGGAAUCUAGACCGCAGUUGGUCCCUAGUCCUAGCCACGGAGCUUGUGACCUCGACAGUCCUCUGUCCUUAGAACAUUGUUUCAUGUCUGAUUUGGACGCUUGGUGGCGAGACGAGAAAGUUCCUAUUCAAGGAUCCACUAAGCCAAAAUUCAGCUCCCAGCAAAGCCUAUAUAUGUAUAAUUCCAAACUGCCCUCUUACGGUAACCUUCCCGUAGUUUCUGACGGGCUUGGAGGCAGUAGCUCUACGAAACCCGACGCGACAGCUACUUCCAACCAGUGGGCGGUCAACGUGAGUAUACCCUCUCCGGCCGCUUCCUUCAAUUCUACCUCUGCCGAGAGCCCUACACUGUACGAGUCUUCCCUUCCUCUACCCAAGCCAACGAAAGACCCGUCCGGUGAGUUCAACAACCCACAGUUUAUGCCCAUUUCUCCGGGUCAAAUCAAACGCGAGUUGUCGGAUGAUAACUUGUCGCCUUACGAAGCUCUACGAAGCCUGGGAAAGACUGAGGAUGAGUUAGCCAACUCUUGCCAGUUAUCUCAAGAGAAAUUUCAACAAGUUCAGUACCUAGCAAUGGAGCAGGUCUCUCGUGACAUAGACCUAGCUUGUCAGGUGCUUGGUAUAGCGCACGACCCCGUAAAUUGGUCCGCUGAUGAUGUUCGAGCUUGGUUUGUAUGGACUUUAAAACAAUAUGGCCUUCCCAGCAUACUGUUGGACUUCUUCUCCAUGAACGGUCUGCUUCUUUGUUCCAUCCCUGAGGAUGAAUUCCGUCGUCGGGCUCCUCAAGGGGGAGAAACUUUGUAUGCACAGUUAGAUAUCUGGAAAACAGCUGCAAACUUGCGAAGAAACGGCCUGAAUUUGAGUAUGUCGCCUUUUCGAGUCGAAGACAGUUUUCUCGACAUCAAUGGUCUGUUGAACCAAUGGCCAUCAAGUUCGAUCUCGACAACACCCUCUAACACCAGCACCGUGGCUGACAAGAUUCCAAACAGGCCCAUUCCUGCUCCGGCUAGAUCUGGAUCUAAAAGAUGCCGAACCAACACUGUUGAUAGUUCUGUUGUUAUGGGAACAGAGAGAUUACCAGCUCUUGCAAACAGAGACUUCAGUAAAGGUGACCUGGAGAGCGAAGAUGAAACCAGUGAAGAUAGCUGUGAUACAGAUCGCUGUAGUGGCAGUGCUACCAGGCCUGGAUCACAUUCACAUAUUCACCUGUGGCAGUUUCUAAAAGAGCUUUUAAGUCAGCCUCAAAUGUAUGGGAGCUGUAUCCGCUGGUUGGAUCGCCCCAAGAGCAUUUUUAAAAUCGAAGAUUCUGUGCGAGUUGCCCGACUUUGGGGCAAGCGAAAGAAUAGACCAGCCAUGAAUUACGACAAGCUAAGCCGCUCCAUUCGCCAAUACUACAAAAAGGGGAUAAUGAAGAAAACUGAGCGCUCACAACGGUUGGUGUAUCAAUUCUGUCAUCCAUAUGGGCUGUAAACUAGGCCUUAAUGGUGACGGUAUUAACCCUCGAGUGCAAGAGCAUUUCAAGCUUGUCAUUUUUUACCACUCAUCAUACAUGUUCUGUUAUGGGUGAUAUCACAGUUGCCUAGCUGGUCUAUGGAACUUGGUAUCACCCGUUUUUAUUUUUCAUUUUUACUUGUGUUACAUUUGUAUAUAUCAAAAUGUUUGAUCACAUGGGCUGGCCCCAUAUAUAUAACAAUAUAUAUAUUGUUCUUUGGACGAAAAUAAACUGAAUAGGCUUAUGGGCCAUUGACAAGUUCAGAAGGUAUAAUUCUUGGCUUGUUGAUGCAGUUACGAAAAGCUACACAAUAUAACAUCUUAUCAUGAAAUUAACAAGAAAAAAGUACUCAAAGAAAUAUAUGAUGAUCAUUAUUUCUUCUUAUUGUUGUUAUUGUUAACGAGUGUUGCUUUUUCUAGCUGGCACGCCUAAGCCUUAUCAGGAAAUGUUUAAUUGUUUAUCAUGCCUGAAUGGUAAUUUUACCAGAAGUUUUAAGUGUGACGUAUCACAGUUCUUUUGCAGACUGAGACGACCCCUGGUGAGCUCUACAGAUAAUGUUUGAGAUCCUAGGCCGGUUGUCUUAAGUGGCAGAGGGGGCUGUAUACCCACAGAAACUUUGAAAAUCCACUCAUAAUGUAAGUGGAUUUGACAACUCUGGUGAAGUUUUUUUCCCAUAUAUCAAUGAUAUAGAGUGGUAUGUUCUAAGAACACCCCCUAUUACAUUUGGUCUCAUGUGAGUCAAUUGAGCUUCUGAAUCACAAUUCAUAGGCUAGUUAAUAUUUUGAUGUUUAUUCAAGUUCAUAAUAACGUUUAUAGCCUAAAUGUAACUUUUUAUUUGAUCACAAGGUGUCGGGAAAGGUGUUUUUUUUUGUUUUUUUCAUGAUCACACUUUUUUCUUAAUAACUACUAUCUCUUCCACGUGCUGGAAACGUACGAGAAAAAAGUUGUGAUGCCUUUUGACGUGAGUGACAUCAAUAACUAACCUUUCUGGUACAGGGACGUUUUUUUUAUGACGAUGAUCCACGUAUGUGUAAAGUAUACGUGACAUCAUUUGUUUGGGGAUCGUAUUUCUGUGGAUUUCGGUAUGUAACAUUUAGGUAUGGAUUUGGUAAGGGUUAAGAUAUUUGUAUUUAAUGUGUUUUUUUUUUAUAUAUGGAAACGUGCUUUGAGUGGCACAUGGGAAGGCAGUUAGCUACAUGAUACUAAUCUAUUUAAUUACUGAAUAAUUUUGAUGAAGGUGAUUAUAAUUAGUUAUUGUAAAUCAAUUAUUGUUAUCGUUUUAUUCGAACUUUCUGUAAGGAAAUGUAUUGAGUUUUUCAGAAAUCUUUAAUAAAAUAUGUACAACAGCAA